AUGCUUCCAGAAUCUGAGAGGCUCGAAGCCCUCGAAAUUGCUUCCGCGAUCACCAAGACGCUAUCAGGAAAGCCAGGAUCAGAUCUCUCUGAAUCAUCACGAGUGCAAGCUUUAGAAGCGAUACGGAAGCUUCAGAACACCCUAGAAAAACCGGAAGAUGGAAUGUUGAAAGUCGCAUUCGCUCCCAUGAUCUGGAUGUGCAUUCGGACUUGUCUUGAGCUGAACGUAUUUCGUAUGCUCGAAAGACAGGACGUAGUGUCGGCAGAGACGAUCGCCAAAGAGAGCGGUGCUGAUGAAAUAUUGAUCCGACGACUUCUACGCAUACUGACGGCAUCAGGCUACGUCUCUGAGAAAGGCAACGGCCUAUACGGAUCAACUAAAUGGUCAAGUCACCUAAGUCGACGAACUAGCGAAGGGAUGGUAAAACACUUAUUCGAUUUAUGUGCACCAGCCACUAUCGAAGCACCCAAUUGGUUCAAGAGGGCAGGAUAUCAACUCCCUACCGAUCCGGCGAAGGGAAUUCUCCAAACGACCCACGGCUUUGAAGAGCCUCUCUUCAUUUGGUUUACGAAGCCGGAGGCUAAAGAAGCAUGGGAUAACGCAAACACCUUUUUCGAAGCCGAUCGAGGCAGCAGCCCAUCUUGGGUUUCUUGGUUCCCCGUGAAGGAGAAGUUACUCAAGGGUUAUAACAAAGAUCUGCCCGUGCUUGUGGACAUUGGCGGCGGUCGCGGGCAUGACAUUGUAGAAUUCUCCGAGAGGUUUCCAGACGUGGAGGGAGACCUUAUCCUACAAGAUCAGCAACUUGUACUUGAUAGCCCUGUCGCUGACUUACCCGCCACGGUUAAGAAAUACCCCAUCGACUUCUUCAAAGAACCGCCUGUAAAAGGCGCCCGAAUCUACUAUAUGAAGUAUGUCUUACAUGACUGGCAAGACGAUGCAUGCCUUCAAAUAUUGAAAAAUGUCUCGGCUGCCAUGACGAAAGGUUAUUCGUAUCUUGUCAUCAACGAUAUGAUUCUACCCGAAGAAGGUUGUCCUCUUUUUCCGGCACUAUGGGAUGUUUUGAUAUUUAUUGUCCUUUCAUCUCAAGAAAGGGUAGUGAGUCAAUGGAAUGACCUCUUGCCUGCUGCCGGAUUAGCUGUCGAAGGUUUGUACCAACCCCCGGGGGAAGGACUGGGUAUCAUCGUGGCCACGCUCAAAUAA